CUAGGCAACAGACAAAUGCUAAUUUAGUUUGGCAAGUCCCUCCUCUUGCAUUGGACACUGCUAGACUAACCAAUUGCUGACUUUGCUGACUCUCUGCUUCUGCUGUAAAUAAGCUUAGGAGCUUUAAGUACUGUGGAAGACAUCUGCGUGCAAAUAUUCUUUCUUAAGUUGUGAAGUACUUGGCAAAAACCCUACACUGCAAUGCAUUGUUGGCAAGCAGCUAGCUGAUGAUGCACUUUUGGCAGACAGUCCAAGGAAAAUUCUUUAGUUUAAAAAAAAAAAAAAAGUCACUAAGCUAAGCUCUGUUACUGCUGCACGGCUGAGUUGAUCUUUGAAAACAGAAGUCUCAUGAGAGGGCUCUCUGUGCAGUUUGGCAUUUGGAUUUUUCCUGUUCCUAGUGAUGGGUUCUACUCAGUAGCACACAUCAGCCUAGAGCUUUUGGCAAAUAACCUAACCUGAGCACAGUUUUUUCUUUUAAGUCUUGCAUUCUGAUGCCUGUGGAUGCAUAAGGAGUUGAAGGUUUUGAGUGCUGGUUGAAAUACCUGAACAGCCUACAAGCAAAAAGAAUAAUACCCUGAAUGGAUGAGACUGAAACUGGACUAUUUUGGAAGAGGACUUUUUUUAUGUUUUGCAGUGUUCAGAAGAAGUUGUUCUCUAGGACUUUUAACAAAUAAGAUGACAAGAGUUUUUAAAAUUUAAAACUCAAAAUGAAUGUUGAAAAAAUAGGAGAAGAGGCAAGGAAUGGUUUUCAUUCUCCGUUACUUAUCCAGGAUGAAAAUGGAAAUAAAACUACAUGCAAUAAAACUAACCUGACCCCCUCAAUGAAUUGCACUACUGGUACAAACAGAAAUUCAGUUAGUCAAAAUAAUAAAAUUGAGCAAACAGAGGAUGCUGAUUUUAAAGAUAUGGGUGAUAUUAAAAGUAUUUCUUUAAACCAACAAUGUGUUGGAACACUUGAUAUACAAAAAACUCCUGGUGAUUUUGUUAGUGUGAGCCCUGCCUUGUCAGAUACAGGUGCCACUUGUGUGCCUUCUGUGGCUGAACAUACUUGCCUAUGUGUCUUGGACCAUAACUUAAAGGAACCUACUAGAUUCCAGAAAGAUCACCUUGACCUAAUAGGAAGGCAGGGUCAAAGUAUUGAACAAUUCAUUCCUUGCAAUUUUACUGAUACAAACUUUACAAUGCACCUUACCACUUCAGAACUAAACCAAAAUGUUAACAUCAAAGAUGAAGCAGGUCAUGCUAAUAUGACAUUAGAUUUUGCUAAUGUUGAUGCAUCUCUUGCGAUAUCUAAAACCCUAGAAGAAACGAGAGAAAAUGAACGUGAAGACAUGUGUUUUACUCUGUGCAUUUCUUCUGAGGAUGUGAUUGUGAGAAAAAGCUUUGAUACAAAUAGUCCUGAAAAACCUUUUAGUUCUUCAGUACUGGAAGCAUCAGGGGGCCUAAAUACAGCAAACAACAUCUGUUCAGAUUUGGCAAUGUUACCUUCUGCUUCUUCAGGUGCCUGUGAACAGCCUUUGAAAGACACUAAUUAUGUUGAUAUAGCAUCACAAAACAGAGAAUCCUCCAAAAAAGAAAUACAGCCUUUAAAGGUAGUUGGGGAAUGGGUUGAACCUCAUUGUAAGAGCUCGAUAUCACCAGAGUACGUUUGUAUGUAUGAAGAUGCACCAACAAAGUAUUUGCACAGCACGCCUGAACAUAAUAAAACUGACAAAUGUCCUACUGAAAUAGGAGUGAAUUAUUUGGCAAAUGAUUUAUGUAUCCUUCCAAUACAGAGUUUUGAUGAAAGCAUAGAACAAAAGCAAGUUUUAAAUGGAGCAAGUAAGCAUAUAACCAAAGAACAAAAUGCCUUUAAAAAUAGUGUUUUCCAGGAUGUUGAAACCAAGUCAGUGGCAUAUGAAUCAAUACCAAAAAGUAUAACAAAACCAGAAGGAACUGUUUCACCUGAGCUCAGAUGUGAAGCAACAUUUGUAGUCUUCAGUCCUGUAGUGUGUGAAAGCCAUUCUACAGCAUGUACUUCGACACCUAUAGAAAAGUCAAAAAACACAACAUUUUCUGUUUCAGAAGUUGGCAGCACCCCUUCUAAACUGGGAAAGAAUGAUACGGUAGUGAGAGAACAUGGUAGAAGGACUUCACUUAAAAGUAGUUUAGGACAAAUUGCAGGAAAACCGGCAAAUGGAUCUCCUACUACAUUGAUGGCAACCAAAACUAGGAAAAUUGAGAUUGUUAGCUUUCCAAAACCGAACUUCAAAAAUGUUAAACCAAAAGUUAUGUCCAGGCCUGUGAUCCAGUCCAAAGAGAGUGCUUCAUCAAAAUCUUCGGGACUGCCUCAGCUAUCUGCUACUUCCUCAUCUUCACCAGCUUCUUCCCCAAAGCAAUUGUCCUCCUCCAUCAAAACUUUGAAAAAGAGAAUCUAUUUAGAUUGUGAUACUAAAGUUGCAACGCCAUUGAAUAAGCAACAUAUUCAUAAACAAGUCUCUCCUAGCCAACUUGUAUGUGCUGCAACUCAUUCCAAAAAUGCUUCCCACAGGCUUCCAAAAACACCUGCAUUAAAGCAGAAUCCAGAAGAUGCUGAUAAAGCAAGCUCUUCUAAUUCUGCGUACUCCUCUGUUGCUGCUACAGCUGUAACAUAUGAACAUAAUUCAAAAGGGACAUUAAGUGAUAAAAUGGAAAACACAAAUGCAUUGGCACGUCCAUGUAUCUCAAAUGUCCAUCAGACUUGGGUUGAAAAUGAACAAAAUCUCAAUCUCGGAAGACUUUCAGAAACUGAGGCAUUAAGAAGAGAUGCAGUGAAUGAAACAUUUGAAUUAUCCUCUAUGCCCCUGGUUUCUUCAGUUAAAGCUGGAGCAGCACAAAGAAAAAAUAUGCACAAGGAAGGUACCAUCACUCUAAGAAAUACACCAGUUUCAAAGGUUAAAGUGGCAACCUCCAUAUUUAAUUCCAAGAGAGGAAGUGAAAGUAAAAAUGUUUGCGCAAUUAAACGAUCACCUCCUCAAAGACCUGUUCUGCUCUCAGGCUCAGGAGUGGGAUCCUCUCCAAGAGGGAUUUCUGCACCUGUGAAAAACUCUCCAGCUUCCUGGUCUAGUUCUGGAAAAUCGCUUCCUAAAUCCAAAGUGCCAGUACUCAGAAGAACACCUAGCAUCUCUUCAGUCAGUAGCAGUCAGAGUGAACAAAGUACUUGCAGCAAUAAUUCUACAAGUGCCACAAUCAUCAUCAGGAAUGGAGAAUGGCCUUCAACAAAUGGACAUCAAAAUGGCACUUCUGGAUCCAUCUUUUUGAAGCCAGUCCCCCGUCCUAGAGUACACUCUUUAAAAAGCACUCCAAAAGGAACAAAGACCAAAUCUGGUGCAUUGAACCAAUGUCUACCCAACUCAUCAGGAACAUUGCUUCAAGCAAAGAAAACCAGUGAAGCCCGAAGCAAUCAACUAUUAGGUACUCCAGGACGAAAUGGACCCAGAAGUUUAUCUGUUCUCAAUUCCUUUGACAAGGGCAAGCAGAGGACUCCUAAAAGUUCGUGCAUACAAACCCAAACCUCUCCAGAUGCGCAUUCAUAUGAAAUAAAAACACAUGAGUUGGGACAAUACAAAGCAAAAUGUGAGAACCAAAGUGGAAUUAUCCUGCAACUGAAGAAACUCCUGGCCUGCAGUAACCGGAAGUUUGAAGCACUAACUGUUGUGAUCCAGCACGUACAAUCUGAGAGGGAGGAAGCGCUGAAACAUCAUGAAGAGUUAUCUCAAGAGCUUGUUAACCUACGAGGAGAGCUGGUAACCACUUCUGCAGCUUGUGAGAAAUUGGAGAAAGACCGGAAUGAGUUACAAGCUGCUUACGAAGGAUUCGUGCAAAAGCUAAAUCAGCAACACCAAAAUGAUCUAGCGGAGCUGGAGGAAAGGCUUAAAGAGUUUUACACUGCUGAGUGUGAGAAAUUACAAAGUAUCUGCAUUGAAGAAGCUGAGAAAUAUAAAGAGCAACUUCAAAAGCAGGUUGACAAUUUAAACAUUACACAUGAAAACUUUAAGCUAGAACUUGAAACCAGCCACUCAGAAAAAAUAGAAGAGCUGAAGAAAGAAUAUGAAUCCUCUUUUUCAGAACUCAAGAAUGCCCAUGAACUGGAAAGGAAAUCACUUGAGGCUUCCUUUAGAGAGAAACAGGAAUCAUUAGAGAAAAAAAUAGAUGAAUUGAAACAGGACAAUGACUCUCUGAAUGAGAAGUUGAAAUUGGAAGAUCAAAAACGAAUAGCCAAAGAAAAAGCAAAUCUUAAAAAUCCUCAGAUUAUGUAUCUGGAACAGGAACUGGAAAGUCUGAAAGCAGUGUUGGAGAUCAAGAAUGAGAAACUACAUCAGCAAGAUAUAAAACUGAUGAAGAUGGAAAGACUGGGGGAAAACAACACAACCUUAAUGGAUAGGUUGAAGAAGAUUCAGCAGGAGAAUGAAGAAUUAAAAGCUCGGAUGAACAAACAUGUGGAACUUUCCAGGCAACUUUCCACAGAGCAAGCAGUCCUGCAGGAAUCUCUAGAGAAAGAAUCAAAAGUAAACAAACGUCUAUCAAUGGAAAAUGAAGAACUUCUGUGGAAACUCCAUAAUGGGGACCUUUGCAGCCCUAGAAAACUGUCACCCAGUUCUCCAUCAAUGCCUUUUCAGUCUCCAAGGAAUUCUGGCACCUUCUCUAGUCCUACAGUAUCACCAAGAUGACCUUUUCUGAUACAAGGGGGAGACUGCAUAACAGCAUUUCAUUUGUGAUCUGCAGAACUGAUCAUAACUUUAAUCAUGGGAGCAAGAACUAUAUUAGCCAAGUAUGACUGAAAUAUAACUGGAAAUUAUUGGUGUGGCAAACAGCUAUAAAAUACUGAAAAUAUGGGAGUGAAACUUUUAAUAUUUCUCCUCCAAAAAGACUUCCAUAAUGACCUCUAUGAACGUUGUUGCACAAAGCACUUAGAGAGCAAGGGAACCUUGUUCAUUGCCUUUUUCACCUAACUAUAAGGGAAAAAAGCUCAGGGGCUUAUAGAUAAAGAUCACAACCUUUAUAUGUUCCUUGUCACAGACACCUUUCGUUGAGGCUGUGUGUGUGGUGCGCGAAUGGAAUGGAUGUAACGUGCGUGUGUCUGAUGCUGCUGCCUUUGCUGUGUAUGUAAUAGGGAUAAAAGCUGAAGAAUAGACAUUGACAUGUACUUUAUUAAUAAAUAUUGUCAAUAUGCAUGUUUUAUCAAAGAUUACCCUUAACUGGGGAGGAAGAGAAACUGCCACUUGUAUUACAGGUUAGUUUCCCUUUGAUCUUUCAGCUUUGGUUCAGGAGAAGGAUAGCAGGAAAUGCUUUAUCUGUUUAACUUGUUUGUCUGCCCACUUUAUUGUGCAAUUUUGGAUGACAUUUUAAGAGAAAAUUCAAUCUGAUUUUCAGAGUUGAAACUCCAGCCAUAUUGUCCGUGGAUUUUAGCUCCUCUAUUCAUAUGCAACUCUUAGCCAUAUUGCAGUUUUCAGGAGAAAGUUCAUUUUUAGAAUGCUGCCUUCCUGAAACAAAGGUGAGAAAACCAGAUGUUGGUUCCUUUUUAAUCUUUCUCCACAACUUGCUUAGUUUUAUUAUGUUUAGAGAGCAAAACUUUAAAAUUGCUAGACUUGUUGCAGGCUUAAAGGAGUGGUGGAGAUGCACCUGGGGAUUUACCAGCUGAAAAACCCUCCUGGAUAAGCAGCCAGUACAUCCUAACCAGUACUGCACAUCAGUUUGAGGUCACCUACAGAGAAAACAUGAGUUCUGAUCUAAUCAAUAUACAGGAUUUGAAAGCCAAGGAUAGAGAGAGUUGAGAGUAGGAUCAUGUUCAAAGGUAUCAUGACUAGUUUCUUACUAAAAGGAAGUCUUAAAAGCAGGCAACCAGUAUUGUUUCUCAUUGUGACCAAUUUUUUUUUAUAAAGUGUUGUUGCUCGUAAUUUUAACUUUUUCAGCAAUUAUGGCUAGAUAACGUCCAGAAGAAA